AAAUGGAAAUAUCCAGGAAGAGGUUCAUUCUUCAUAAGGGCUCCCUGAAAAAAGCUUCCGAGGACUACACGUUUGGCAACUGACAGGACACAAAAGAUCAGUAAAGAAGUAUGCCGCUCUCUGUUGUCUCAAUUUGCCAAAUCUCGGUGCCAAUAGCUUCCCAAGUGCAUGGCCGUUUUGAUACAAACAAGCCCAUGUCGAGAUGGAGGCAGAGAUGCUCUGUAACCAGAUGUUGCUAUAACAGAAGAGCAGAGGGAAGAGCAAGAGCGGGGAAGAACUACUAUGAACUGCUUGGAGUUUCUGUUGAUUCAAACGCCCAGGAAAUUAAAGAAGCUUACAGAAAGUUGCAAAAGAAGUAUCACCCAGAUAUUGCAGGCCAAAAGGGUCACGAGCAUACUCUACUGCUCAAUGAAGCCUAUAAGGUGCUAAUGAGAGAUGAUCUGAGGAGGGAUUAUGAUGCUUCUGUUGGUCACCAGAGAGUAAGACAUGAAACAAACUACUCUGGCUUAAGUUAUAGUUCAUGGAAAGGACCCUUGAGACCCCACGCUCUAUUUGUCGAUGAAAAUGCUUGCAUAGGGUGCAGAGAAUGCACACACCAUGCAAGUAACACAUUCGAAAUGGAUGAAGCUCUUGGGUGUGCCAGAGUCAAAGAACAAUAUGGCGAUGAUGACCAAAAUAUAGAGGUAUCUGUUGAUUCAUGCCCUGUCAACUGCAUCCAUUGGGUAGAUAGGGAAGAAUUGGCAGUAUUGGAGUUCCUGAUUCAGCCUCAGCCGAAAGAAGGGUAUGGUGUAUUUGGAGGAGGUUGGGAAAGACCUGCAAAUGUUUUCAUGGCAGCCAACUCCUUCAGCAAGCAGCUGAAACAGCAGGCUGGCACUCCAAGAAAUGCACGGGCGACCGUUGAUGAAGAAACGCCUGCUCAAGCUGAGGCCCGAGCAAACGCCAGCAUGAAAAUAAAGAUGGAGAGAAUUUCAAGACUUUGGAAUUGGGUGAACGAAAUUCUUGGAUAAGACAUGUUGAACAGAGAGUAAACCAUGCAAUGCAAAGCAAAACGUCAUUUGAUCAGAUAUUAUCCUGGAGAAGCAUAGAGGUGGCAUUUACAGACAACUCUUCGAUAAUGUGUACCGACUUAAUUCACGUCAGAUGCGCCAGAAGAAAAGAACCUCUUCUGGUUACAGAUCAUGUACAUAUGAAAACAUAACCAAGUAUAUGAAGAAGUGGCUCAUUACAACUUCGUAUAUGUGAAAAUAGAACUCUGAUUUUAUUCCAUCAUUAUGAUGACAAAUCUUCAAUAA